AUGACCUCAACCGCCUCCCUGGGCCCCAUGCCCCAAAUACCAAUACCCCCAACUAACCCCAACACCACCACCACCAUCAAUAACACCAACCUCCUCACCCCACUAACAAACUGGAAAUCCCUAAACCAAACAACCUACGGCUCGCGCCACAUCCACGACCCCGCCCCCUUCACCCUCUGGAACCCCUCCACCAAAUCCUUCCGCAACCCAACAAACCGCGAACUCUCCUAUCUCUCCACCCUCUACAACGCAAAACAGCUCGACCUCUCAUACCCAAUCAUCACAAUCGUCACGGAUACGAUCCCCGACCCCGUCCCGCUGACUAUCGCGUGCGUUGCGGUGCGGUUUGUAAGAAGUGACGAGGUAGGGUUGUUUAGGGAGGGCGUUGAGACGAAUGCAGCAGCGUAUGCGGAUGAGGGGUUACCUGAUCCUGUGGGGUUUCGGUUGAGGAUGUGGAAGGCGCCGACGGAGGGACAGGUUGGGGGGAUUGUUAGUGCUCUAAGCGGUGUUGGUGGUGGUGGUGCUAAUGUGAAGGCUAUUACGUGGGCGGGGCCGUGGUGCUUCGUUGAACUUGUGACUGGUGAUGGGCGGGUUUAUGGGAAGGGUUCUUUACCUGGGGUUAUUGCCGGGAGGACGGUUGCGUAUCAUCAUUCUGAGAAGGAGUUGUUCGAGGAUGUUAGGGAUAAAGCGUCACUCCGGGAUUUGAAGGAUAGUAAUCAAACCCGCGAGAACCAGGGUCUACAUCUCGGCGGCGUGCUGGGGAACAGCAUAACCCGCCUCGUACGAUCGAAUGAAGUCGUCGACGGGGCGUGGUGCAGUGCUAAUAGUCUCUCGACAGGGAAGGUGUUUUUCCAGUGUAUUGGGAUCAGGGCGGUUAUGCGGGAUUCAGAUUCUUCACGAAGUCGAAGGCGAAGUCUAGAAGGAGGGUAUGAGAUAGAGAGGGUGUUUAGUGUGUUUAAUCCGUCGCGAGGACACAAGAUACAGAAUCUAAGGGGGGUGCCUAUGGUUGAGGAGAGUUCGCUGCUAGAGAGGUACAAGGGGGGAGGAGUGUUUGGGUUUUUUAGGGAUGGGGAUUAUGAUAUGGCGUUCUGUACGGUGUUGGAUGAUAUUGUGGAUGCGGGGUGGGAGUUGUAUUGA